AUGGAUUAUGUCGACAAUAUAACCAAAAAUAUGGAUAUACUGUAUGAGUUCCUCAAUGUCGAUGGCGAGCUUCCACUUUCCGAGAUCUUUCCCAUGCCUCCUCUAGUUCUUGUCACGCCCUAUCGUUCCUCUAUUCAAAAGGUUGACGUACUCAUGGCUAAUCGUAGCUGGAGAAAAGCAUUUCUUUUCAUUGCUCAGUGCAAUGCCUGCUUGGCUCGCUAUUAUCCUGACAAAAUUCUACUGCAUGGAAAUGUUCCUGGAAGGGGAAGUCAGAUCUUGGUUGCAGAGGCCAAAUACCUGCGAAUCUCCAAGCAUGGUCUUUGGGCAGAUAGAUCAAUCACACUGGAUCAAGAGGAGUCGAUUGUCCAUCACAGUUCCGGAUGGUCCAAUUUUGUGGACUUUCUGAAUGCCAGAAUGUCUGGAAAGGCAAUCACAUUUCGACAAUCACAGCGCCUAUUUGUGGAACACUUUUCACGCCGACUUUUGGUAUCCCACAGAAAAGAGAGCACAUUCCGAUGCCCUUCCAAUGCAACUACCGACAUCCUCGUUGCCAAUGGAGGGACUGUACCUGGUGCCAUGGAGCACUCUUGUAUGGACUGCACUCAUAAAAAUGGAGACCCUGCAGAUAAUAUCUUACAACAACAAAAUUUGGCUCGUGAUAUAAGUCCCCCAGAAGGACCUAGAGGCUAUACACGAAUGGCAGUGAUAGAUGGAAAAACAAUGAAACAUCGUAUCUGCUCUGUUCAAGCCUGCAAAAAUCCUCUGACAAAUUACAAGCGAGGACGGUUUUGCAAGUUGCAUCUGGAGGCUGGAAUGGAAGACAUAUGCGGGAUUCAUGGUACUGUGACCUGUGCGGAUCCUUCACAUCAAGCAUUUUAUCGAAAGUGGUCUCAUCGGUUCCAACGAAUGACAUUUCCUGGUAUCCAAAGAGCCAUGGAGGAAGCCAUUGGACAGGAUUUGACAACAACCACGCUAACCCAAAAUCAAUUUCGCAUUCAACUCCCAGACCUUGGAGGUGUCACUGGCAACGAUGUCGUUCAUACCUUCCGUGCACGGUCAAUAUACUGUCUCCAGACUGUGCAGUGGUCCUGUGGGAUGCCAAUUGGAUGGGGAAAGUGCUAUGCAGCAGAAAGUCCAACACAGGUGCAUGCAAUUAUAGAUCGGAUUUGGGAUGGCCACCAUGAACAUAAGCUGGCGAUAAUAGCAUACGACUCAUCAUGCAAGCUGCUGCGGCAUAUCAUGACACAGAAUCCAAAUGACCACUGGCUUUCUUCGACCAAAUUUAUUGUUGAUGCUUGGCAUUACAUAGGACACAAAGCAACCGAUGUCUUAUGCCGCGAUGGAUCUCAACCUGAUCUAGUUCAGGUACAUGAGGAUUCCAAUGGAACGAAGCAUUUAACAUGGGCAUUCAACACCAAAACAGCAGAGCAGUUUAAUUCAUGGCUAGCUGGGUUUGAAAGUCAACUGCGACAAAUGUCUAACAUCAACUACGACUUUUAUAUCCACUCGCUGAUGCUUCUAUACAAGGAAAAGGUCGAGCAAAGAAUUCAGAAGAAGGAAAGAGGCUUGACGCAAGAGUUUUGGGACAAGGUUCUCGAGUAGAUAGUAUAGAAUUAUUAGAAUAUAUACUGGACUACACUGUACCCCAGUGAAGGCCAGUGGGAUUCCGAGUGCCAUCGCAUCUAUUUACUGGUGGAUUACGUUGAAGAUCACUGGCCCCGACUAACCCGCCCCAUCCUUGAGACAUGUGUAUUGUUGGUGGAACACUGGACACUGGUGUCUCUCAGUGAGGAUCAAAACAAAAUGGAUGGAUUGAUCAGUGUGCAUCACCGUAUGUCAUUGUAUCACAGUGAUAUUUGCGAGCGUACCUGUGUAUUAUUCCGGUGCAUGCCGGUGAUACUCAGUGAGGGACACUGUAAUACACACCCCAAUCCAUGUGUUAUAUCACUGACAUCCACUGUUAUACGACAUACACCACUGGAUAAGAAAGGGCUACUGGAAGGAAUAUCCGGUGGUAUACACCAUCAAUCACCAGGAUAUUGGGACCAUGUGUAAGUUUAAGACAGUGGUAUCUGCUGGAAGGCACCGAAGGU